CUGAUAAAAUGAGCUUUACUUUCUUUUUUGCUCCCACUUUCUUUAUGUUCAAUAGACCAUAAACAAUCUGGGUGAAUUCGUUUUGUUGUGAAGUCAUGGUGUCUGUGGUUGUAGUAGCUGUGUUUCUCCUCUGGGGUGCACUCUAUCAGUCUCCUCAGACUUCAGCAUUUAAGAUCUUCCCUUCUGAUGGAUCCCUCACACAUCAACAAAUCACUGAAGAAGCUUUCCUCCGCAAGGUGGCACAAGUGUGCGUGAACACAGCCACUGCCCGAGGACAAAACAUCACACUAUCUAUCAACAGCAAACUGACAGCAAGUAUUGUCGAAAGAGCCUGCUCAAAUGUAUAUGCAACUCUGCUAAAAAUACCCACUUUUACAGCGGUUAUGGUCCAGGUGACUCUUAGCAAUGCGGCUGUUGAUAGAAAGCAGUUCAGUACUGCUCAUCAUUUUGAUGAAGAAGAUUUUAAAAAUGGACGGGAUCUUAUCACUCAGGGUAUGACAGCUGUAAAAGUCAGUGUAAAACAGGGGAACUAUUUGGCUGCCCGCACCAGUCUGGGGGUUGUAUGCCACACUUUACAGGAUUUCUACAGUCACAGUAACUGGGUGGAACUGGGAAGCACGGAUUCUUUCAGCACCCUGAUUAAACCUGAGCUUCCUUUCACCAAUCUAGCAGGUCCUAAUACAAAAACAUGCAAAAGCUGUGUUGGAGAUGACUGCACUGACAACGUUCUCCCAGAGAUUAUACAACAGAAACUAUUGACUUCAGGAUAUUUCUCACUGAUAUCUUCAAAAAAACCUGCAGGCAAGUGCAGCCAUGGUGGCUUUUUUGACUUAACCAGUUACAUAGAACCCACUGGAGGAAUCAAUAAAGAUGACAUUGGGUCAAGUCAUGGCUCCCUUCAUCAGCGGGCUGCUAACAUGGCCAUUAAUGCUACAAUGGAGAUGCUGGAAGACAUCCGACUGGCCAUAGGCGAUCCAGCCUUUCUGCGAUUGAUGGGCCUCACUCAGACCUCAGUUCUGGCUGUUGUGUUUGACAUUACAGGCAGUUUGUCUGCUUAUAUAGCUGAGGCCAAGACAAUGUUGUUCAGCUUCAUAGACAGCAUGAUAGGAACAUCAGAGGAACCUUCAGAAUACAUGCUUGUCCUAUUUAGUGAUCUGGAUGCUGGAUCUCUGAUAAAAGCUAGCAAUGCAGAAACGUUCAAAGAAAAGAUCAAUUCUCUUUCAUCAUUGAAUAAUUCAAACCCAGGGAUGUGCCUAUCAGCAGUGCAGUUGGCACUGACGAGAGUUCCUCCGUCAUCAGACAUUUUUGUUUACACUGAUGGUCCAGCAAAGGACUCACAAUUAAAAAACUCAGUUGAAGCCAUGAUACAAAGCACCAAAUCAAAAGUCAAUUUCCUGCUAACAAACCCUACUUUAUCACGUGUCUCAUCAUCAAAGGCACUGUCUCAGUCAGACAUACAGCUGUACAGAGACCUGGCUCAUAUUUCUGGUGGACAGACCAUUGAGGUCACAUUCUCUACAAUAUCUCAGGCCAUUACACUUAUUGGAGAUGAAAUAACUUCAGGUCAGGUGACUGUUCUUCAAGUCAAGAGAAAUGCGUCCCAAACAGAAAGCUUUUCUUUUGUGUUGGAUUCCUCUCUGUCUAAUGUGAUUGUGUACAUCACAGGAGACUCUACAGUCUUUACUCUCUACAGCCCUACAGGUGUUUCUCAGUCAGGUUCUGUGGCAGAUGGACCUCUAGGCAGCAUCCUGACUGUAAACAGUAUAAAGAGACUAAAACUCAACUCUAACAACCUGACAGGAGAAUGGAAGAUUACUGUUAACUCCCCAAGCUCUUACAACCUGAAAGUCAUCGGUCAGAGUUCCGUGAACAUCCUUGUUUAUUUUGUGGAGAUAUUUCAGGGAGGUCAUGGAGACUCAUGGGGACAGAGUUACACCCGUCCUUUCACUGGUCGGAAUGCUACUUUAUUUGUCUCUGUGACCGGAGGAGAUUCAGUCACAGUGACGGAUGUGCUUCUAGUUGAAGCUUCAGGAUCUGCUGUUGUUAAUGGACGCAUCAAAGCAGUGGGUACAACAGACUUCCUGGUGAAUAUAGACACAAUCCCAGAGUGGGCAUUUGUGGUGCAGCUCAAAGGGCUGUUGAAUAAGUCCUCGACGGUCAGUCGAUUCCAGAGACAAUCACCCAUCCAGCUUAAAGGAUCCAAAAUAACUGUUGUGGCUCAAUCACAGAAUGUAACACAGCCUGGAGUACCACUGAAUAUCAGCUUUACAGUGACAGCUAAUGCUACAGGUGGAAACUACAUAAUCCGCGCCCGGACUGACCAGGGCUUCAACGUGUCUGUCUCCAGCUCUCUGCUAGUUGCAGCAGGAGGAAGCGCUCAAGGAAACAUCACACUGAUCACACCAUCUGACACAGAGUCAGGGACAGACGUCACACUCACCAUUGAAGCAGAAGCUCCAGGAUCCACUGACCUGAAUUACGCCACACUGAGACUCACCGUCUCCGCAGCCAGUGCUGUUUUCAGUGGACAUUACUCGUUUUCCAUCUGUCUUUCUCUUUUCUGCUUUCUCAUUUCCCAUUAUGUUGGAUUGUAAAUUACAUUCAGCACAGCCAGUAAUGUGCGCUCAUAUCUUGUUUUGAGUUAUCAGUUGUGUGUACAGUAUACACAAUAUAUAUUGAAGGAAAAAAAAGGUUUCCUGUUAAUAUUGCACCUUCACAUUCUGUAUUGUAUGAGCAGGUGUGUUUGGGAUUAGUUUUGUCAGUAAGUCCAAUAUUCUUUGCAAGUUUAUUAAAGAUAAAGUUCACCUAAGGGGCAUCCGAAUUGUGUAAGCUAAUACCACCUGUUCUUCUUAUUCAGCCUGUUCUUUUGCUCUGAGGUUUCACUUCUGUUGGUUAUAAGUCUUUAGACAGUUUUGGAGCACUGAAUAAAUAAAAUCACGUGUACAAUU